CUGUUUGAUCACAUCGUUACCUGCAUUUCUGACUUCCUGGAUUAUAUGGGAAUAAAAGGCGCCCGUCUUCCUCUUGGCUUCACGUUUUCCUUCCCUUGCAAGCAGACCAGUCUGGAUGCUGGUAUCCUUCUCAACUGGACAAAAGGCUUCAAAGCUACAGACUGUGAGGGAGAAGAUGUGGUGUAUUUGCUUAGAGAAGGAAUUAAAAGAAGAGAGGAGUUUGACUUGGAUGUAGUGGCCGUGGUGAAUGAUACAGUGGGCACAAUGAUGACUUGUGCUUAUGAAGACCCAAACUGUGAAAUCGGACUCAUUGUGGGAACUGGCAGCAAUGCCUGCUACAUGGAAGAGAUGAGGAACAUAGAGAUGGUGGAUGGUGAGCAAGGCCGGAUGUGCGUGAACACUGAGUGGGGAGCGUUUGGGGAUAACGGAUGCCUGGAUGACAUCAGGACAAUAUAUGACAAAGCAGUUGAUGACUAUUCACUAAAUGCUGGAAAGCAAAGGUACGAGAAAAUGAUCAGUGGGAUGUACCUGGGGGAGAUCGUCCGCAACAUUCUCAUCGACUUCACCAAACGGGGGUUCCUGUUCCGAGGCCAGAUUUCGGAGACGCUGAAGACCAGGCAUAUCUUUGAAACCAAGUUCCUCUCUCAGAUUGAGAGUGACAGGCUGGCCUUGCUGCAGGUGCGAGCCAUCCUCCAGCAGCUUGGGCUCAACAGCACCUGCGACGACAGUAUCAUUGUCAAGACGGUGUGCGGCGCAGUGUCGAGGCGAGCAGCUCAGUUGUGCGGCGCUGGAAUGGCUGCGGUUGUAGAUAAAAUUAGGGAGAACAGAGGGUUAGAGCACCUGGAGAUAACAGUUGGUGUGGAUGGGACUCUCUACAAACUACAUCCACAGUGAGUAUUCACC